AUGUUAAAUGAGUCGAUGGUCAACGAAUUCACGCAAUCGUUGUUUAAUGUCCCUGACUCGAAAACAAGGUAUUCCUUGAAGUGUUUGUUCAAUAUUAUUAAAGACGCGUUGGGUGUGAAAAAUGUUGUUCAAUACUUCGGGGUCUCAAACCCGCUGGCAGUCAUCGAUUUUAUGGACCGUCACGUACUCAACGAGAAAGUCGAGUCCGACUUAAUAGAUGCUUUUGAGAUCACCCCCGAGUUACUUGAAAAUGCAAAGAAAGUAGGGAGUGUUGUUAAAGGUGACGAUCAAACGAAUGUAGCGCAGGUUGUUUCGAUGUCUGACGAACGAUUUGAGUACCUUGUCAGGCACCACCGAGGCGAUCCCAUCUUUGAAUUUGUCUUAAUGGCAUUCAAUGAUGGCAAAUUAAGUGCCAAAAAGAGUACUUUAGUACGACGCGCCUUACAUUUGCCAGCGUCCCAGAAUGACAUAGUCCUUGGUUGUGGAUAUAAUUUGAGUCGACACCAAACGUUUGAUUUAGUCAAUCGGAUGUUAAAGACAUCAGAGAAAAGACUUUCUUCGAAGAUCAUUGUAAUUCGAAAAGAGAAGGAAAAAGUCAAUUACUUCAUCACACCACAACAAAUCGAUCAACUUGAAGCGUGGACGGGUAAGAAAGUCGGUUGUGUGAUAUUUGAUACUAACAGUGACGAUUGGAAUAAGUCGGGGAGUGUCUUUGGGCAGAAGAUAUUAAGUCGAAAGAACUUGGCCUUUAUAAUCAGAGACACGAAGAACAAUGUGUUUGGUGAGUAUGUCAAUACAGCAAUAGAACAGGCGUGUUUGAUUGACGACGAUAAAGCCUUUGUGUUCUCAUUGGAGUCAAAUGGGCGACUUGUUGGGAUGAAGAGGUUUAAUAUCAAGAAAGAGAGGAAACGCGAUGCGUUCCGAUUGGGUUCCGAGCAAUGGGAGUGGUUGUUUUGGGUAGGCUUCCGCGACAUCUUUGUAUGGAAGAAGGGGAGUGAGUAUGAGAACUUUUGUGAGCAACAGUCUUUUGAUUACGAAGGGUAUCAGAACGCGUUGUGUGGCGAAACCAACUUUUUAGUUGCUCGUAUCAUAGUAGUUCAGAUGACUUGA